CUUGGGCCUUCUGAAAAGUGGAGGAGGCUCAUGGGCCACAAAGCGGUUUGGGCUUCCGGAAGACUGUGAUUGUGUCUCUUGGGUUAGGGUUUAUGAGGUGCACUUGCAAUGCGUUUUACAAUUUACAUCACAUUUCGUUGCGCCUCUGUUCUCUGUCACUGCUGCGUCUCUCGUAACCAUGCCUAAGCAAAUCCACGAGAUUAAGGACUUCCUUCUCACUGCUAGAAGGAAGGACGCAAGGUCGGUGAAGAUCAAGAGGAGCAGAGAUGUGGUUAAGUUCAAGGUCAGAUGCUCGAAGUACCUCUACACACUUUGUGUGUUUGACCCAGAGAAAGCUGAUAAAUUGAAGCAAUCUCUUCCUCCAGGUUUGAGUGUUCAAGACCUGUAAAGGUACAGGGCGAGAGACCAAGAAGAAGCAAUUCAUUGAUUCUUCUGAACUUCGUUUCUCUGUAGUUGAAACUUGAGAUUCUUUUCAGUUUCUUUUAUUUUUAGAUCAUUGCUAGGACAUGGUUGUUUUCAUCUGUUUUGGAAAAUGAUACUUGAAUUUAUGUCUAAUGGAUUAUUCUAGCGCUGUGGAACUAUAUACAUGAAUUUAUUGUAUGUUUUAAUUUUAAUUGGUGUUUUCAGUCAGGCUACAAGCCUACAAUUAUCA